AGUUGCGCACUUAGUAAAUGUUGAUACUCUCUAGUUUCCGUUCGCACUUAGUUUCCGGAGAGGUGCUGUCGCCGCUGAAGCUGCAGGAUGAGUACUAUGUUCGCUGACACAAUCCUUAUUGUUUUCAUUUCGGUGUGCACCGCUUUGUUAGCGGAGGGUAUAACAUGGGUUCUGGUUUAUAGAACAGACAAGUAUAAAAGAUUGAAAGCAGAAGUGGAGAAACAGAGUAAAAAAUUGGAAAAAAAGAAGGAAACAAUAACGGAAUCAGCUGGCCGACAGCAGAAAAAGAAAAUAGAGAGGCAAGAAGAGAAACUGAAGAACAACAAUAGAGAUCUGUCAAUGGUUCGCAUGAAGUCCAUGUUUGCCAUUGGUUUUUGUUUCACUGCUCUGAUGGGAAUGUUUAAUUCCAUAUUUGAUGGAAGAGUGGUUGCAAAGCUCCCAUUUAUACCACUUUCCUACAUUCAGGGUUUGUCCCAUCGUAAUCUUCUGGGUGAAGAUUACACAGACUGUUCCUUCAUCUUUCUCUAUAUUCUCUGCACUAUGUCUAUUCGGCAGAAUAUUCAGAAGCUGUUGGGUCUGGCUCCUUCCCGAGCUGCCACCAAGCAGGCUGGAGGAUUCCUUGGCCCCCCACCUCAAGCUGGGAAGUUCUCAUGAAAUAAGAGAAAUAAUUUCAUAUUUACCAAUGAAAACAUUUUUAAAAUGUUCAGAUUUUACAGAAUAAUUUCUAAAAAUACUUGGAUAGCUAAGGUAUCUAGUAACAUCUGUGUUUUAUAAAUGGAUCCGUGUUGAACAAAUAUCUUUGGUUGGCUCUCAGUUUCCAGGACUGAGAGAAGAUCUUAAAGCCUGGAAAGGCUUGUAAGAAUGCAUAUUGAACUUAAAGAUGGGCCAGGGAUUCAUAUGAAAUUGGGUUUUUUUUUUAAGUCAUGUGUUUCCACUGUCUCUCUUACUGAUAAACAAAAAAGACUACCCUUAACUAUUUAAUUAGUCUUCCCCUCUUGCUGCCAUUUUUCAAAUGUUAAUUUGGUCCAACAUUAACUAGAUUUAUCUAGAAAUUUACAGGAAAGACCAUACUCUGUCACUCAACAUCUGGUAUUAAUGGAAUAUGGAGGCUCCAUUAGGUUAUGAUGGAAAAUUUGCCAUGAGACCUAAUCUCCAUUAAUUACUAAUUUUAAUUUAUAGAAGUGAUGGACUUUUUCCCAGAGUAUACUGUAUUUUGUUGGUUUGUUUUUUGUUCCACAGUCUGGCAAGGAGAAAAAAUAAGCAGAGCAGUGUCAUAAAUGGAAAUUUCAUGACAUAUUUCAAUAAAUAUGUUUCACCCUCU